AUGGCUAUGAGAGGCGUUGAUUUCAAAUGGUAUGAUGGGUUCUUCUUGUCAAUGCUUGCUACAAGUAUAAUUAUUGUGGCACUCAACUGGAGGAGAUACCAUCUCUGUGCAUACCCAUUGCACAUAUGGAUUGUGGUCGACUACACUACAGUGUUUGUUUUCCGGCUCUUGAUGUUUGUGGACAAUGGACUGGCUGCUGGAAUGGGAUUGGAUUUUGGUUGGCAACAAAGAUAUGCUCGCUUCUGUGGAAGGAUAGUCGUAUUGUCCAUUCUAGUUGUACUCCUUUACCCAUUCCUUUGGGCCUGGACCAUUAUUGGUACACUAUGGUUCACUAGAGCAAGAAGCUGUUUGCCAGAAGAAGGCCAGAAAUGGGGUUUCCUUAUUUGGUUACUUUUCAGCUAUUGUGGACUCAUAUGCAUUGCUUGCUUUUCUAUUGGAAAGUGGCUAACAAGAAGACAAGCACAUCAAUUGCGUGCACAGCAAGGAAUCCCUAUUUCAGAAUAUGGGGUUUUGGUGGACAUGAUUAGAGUGCCAGAUUGGGCUUUUGAAGCUGCUGGCCAAGAAAUGAGAGGGAUGGGGCAAGACACUGCUGCCUACCAGCCAGGACUUUACUUGACAGCAGCACAGAGAGAAGCAGUGGAGGCUCUAAUUCAAGAACUUCCAAAGUUCACACUGAAGACUGUUCCUAUCGAUUGCAGUGAGUGUCCAAUCUGUUUGGAAGAGUUUCGCACAGGAAAUGAGGUUCGUGGUCUUCCAUGUGCUCAUAAUUUCCAUGUAGAGUGCAUUGAUGAGUGGCUUCGGCUGAAUGUAAAAUGCCCUAGAUGUCGUUGUUCUGUCUUUCCAAACCUCGACUUAAGUGCCUUAUCCAAUAUCCGUGCUGAUUCAGAGCGGCCAUCGUCGAAUGUACUGACAACAACUCCAUAUGUGAGAACUCAACCUCCUAGCCAGAGCUAUCUAUUGAGAUUACAGGGAUUACUCCGUCCAGUUCAUGCAGAGAAUACCGGGACUGUCAGUGAAGCAGAUGGUGUGGAAAGAACUGAAAACGGAAGCCUACCUCUUGCAACUCCUGGUCGAGCAACUACUGAGCCUGUACAAGUGGUGGUUGAACAGUCGACCACCCCUCGACCUUGA